AUGCACGACUGCCGCACCAACGGCGGGCACUUCUUCGUCCACCGCCCGCAAGGCCACGCCUUCCGGUGCCGCCGCUGCAGCGAGCGCUUCGCAAACAGCUGGUCCUCCACCUCCACGCCCACCUCCGCCUCCGCCUCCGCGCCGCGGCGCAAGCACCCGUGGCGGUGCCUCAUCGAGCGCUGCGAGUACGUCGCGUGCGACCCGUGCUCGAGCAUCUUGAUGGAGGAGCUUGCUUCGGACCGGGAGGAGGUGGAGGGUAAAGUGGUGGAAGUGGGGAAGGUAGUGGGGGAGGGGGAGAAGGAGGAGAAAAUGGGGGAGGAGGCGGGGAUGGAGGUGAUGGAGGUGGAUGAUGAGGAGGAGGGGGAGGGCGGGUAUGAGGUGCCGGCGAUGGUGUCGUGUAGGACUGCGAGGCAGGCGGCGGCGGAGGCGGCGAUAAAGAGGGCGAAUGUGAAGAGGGCGCCGGUGAGGCAUGGGGGGAGGGGGAGUAGUGUGGUGUGCCUGGUGGGGGUGGGGAGGGGGAGAGGGGGGGGGGGGGAGUGA